AUGUUCUCUUCAAUCGACUCCCUACUUUGCCCAACUUUAGACACCAAAAAGCAAGCCACACAAAUCUCUGAGACGCAAAUUUCAACAUGCGAUUCUUCAAAAAACGAUCAAAUUCAAAAUGUGAGUCAGGCAGCGACAACAUUAAACGAUGAGAAAUUGGAAUUGUUUGAUUGUCAGAAUGGAAAUGAAAUGUUCCCAUUCGGUUUCCGUUUACCAUCGAUGACUGUCUCGUAUCCGUUGAUUAAUCCGGCGCUUCUCUAUGAUCAAUUGGCGCUCACUCUUGGCGCCUGGCAAUCAUGGGGAAAAAUGCGGCGUCCGAGAACGGCUUUCACUUCGGAACAGUUGAUUGAAUUGGAACGUCAAUUCAAUGAGAACAAGUACCUCAGCCGACCGCGGCGAUACCAGCUGGCUCAGCAGCUUUGUCUCACCGAAACGCAGGUGAAGAUCUGGUUUCAAAAUCGACGCAUGAAAAACAAAAGAUGUCAGCCGAUUGGCACUGAGUUUGGUGAGGGAGAGAUGGACGAAGGAAAA